AAAAAGACUUUUACUUGGAAGAUUACUAGUACCUCAUCAAAUUGGAAGAACUCAAGGCAAGAAUCGCCUGUUUUUCACGCGACCAAGCACCAGACAUGAAUUUGGGGCUUCAGUGGCAAGUGCCAGGAAAGGAAGGUCUCAAAAAAAUAAAAUUGACGUUGGAAGUUGGGAUUUUGGCUCUCCCUCUCUCCUCACGCCCUCUCAUCUCAUGGAAGCCGUUCCCUCUUCGUCCUCUCAGCAACCCCAACACUGCAAUAAUUGCCUUUCCGAUUCCGAGCACGACACUGAUCACAGAGACGGCGAGGCCAUCGUCAUGGCUGACUCUAACAACGGCUGCUCGCAUCCCAUGGUCCAGAGAUAUCCCCCGAGACCCAUCGAUAGUGAGCUUAAACGCAGCACCAGAUGCAAGAAGAGAACUUUAAUGAAGAAGAGGGUAGCCUUAGAUAAUUCCGAAUCACCAUCCUCGUCAUCAAGUCGUUAUUCUUCUUCUGCGGUUUCAUCGCAAAGGGGUAUCACUGUCGCGUGUCAACGGCGAAGCCCUAAAGUCCGGGUUCGCCGCAGUAGGGGCGACGUAGCCACGAUCGGGUUUCCUCUUGGAAUGUCUUUUGCAGCUGUUAUUGCGCAGAUGUUGUAUAGAAGAGAUAAGGCUGCUGAAAGGAUGUCUCCAGAGCAUCUUUCAUUGAUGUGCACAUCCGCUGUCAGAGAAUCUUUAGCCAAUGUUUUUGGAGACAAGCUGGAUGGUCUUACAAGGAACUUUGAACAAUCAUUUGAUAGCACUCUGAAUACUCUUAGAUUAAUUUAUGAAUCAACUACAGGCAAGAAAGGAAGUGAAUUUGAUACUUUGAGGAGAGAAGUUCUAACUUCUGAAUUGACUCUUGACAAAGGAGGUUGCAAAGGGGAUGCUGUCGAGGAGAAUGCUUGUUCAGAGGCAGUCAUGCGUCUUGGAAUCCAGGAUCAAUCAAAUAGUUCUGAAGAGGUCAAGGAGAGCAUUCCUAUGGAUUCAGCUAGUCAUAGUCUAAUUGUGCCUGGGCAAUUAAACCCAGUGGCACGUCUCCCUCCGUUCUCCGCAAGGUCUAUAAUAAAUAAUUCCGAUAUUAGUCUUCUUGAGAAAUCUGUCAUGGAACAAAGUCUUUCCAAUGACCUCAAGAUGAUGGAACUUGGCCUUCAGAUGGAAAAAUUGGGACUACAAAAGAAAAACUUGGACCUCAAGUCAGAUUCAAAUAAUCUGGAGAGAUCAAAGCUUGCUAUGGGAAUCUCAAAACAAUCUUUUAAAGAAGAAAAGUUUAAGAAUGAGCAAGAAGAUCUGAGACAUGGUGAGCUAAGUAAGAAGUGCAUUGACUGUCUUAUUGCCGGUCUGCUUGUUAUGUCAUCCUCACUUUUGUACGGUGCUUAUGUUUAUUCUUAUGAGCGGAUUGCCGAAGCUACUGCAUCUUGUGCACCUUUGACUGAGGAAGGAUACUCCUGGUGGACUCCUAGGUCAGUGUCCUCUUUCAAUUCAAGGAUGAAUGUUUUGUUGUGUCAAGUUCAAGUUGUGAGUAGGAUGACAUUUGGCUUCCUAAUGAUCUGUGCUGUUGCAUAUUUGCUCAUGUGGCGGUCAACAGCAUCGACAACACAGACAAUGCCGGUAACUUUCAUCCUUUUGCUAUUAGGAGUUGCUUGCGGCUAUUUUGGCAAGCUGUGUGUGGAUACGUUGGGAGGGAAUGGUUAUGUCUGGCUCCUAUAUUGGGAGAUUCUGUGCUUGCUUCAUUUCUUGUCCAUUGUUUGCACAUCGGUUUUGUUCCAAAUCCUCCAUGAACCUGUCACUGCAACACAAACAAGAAAGGGUGAUACAAAAUUCCCUUAUUGGUUCCGAAGAUUCCUGUUCUACGCUUCCUUGCUGGUAUUUCUGCCUCUAUUCUGUGGUCUCUUGCCUUUCGCUGGCUUGGUUCAUUGGAAAGAUCAUUUUAUGAUGAAGCUGACUGAGCAUUUGACAGAUUCGAGUUAGUUUUGUUGGGCUUAGGCAUGUCUUUUUGCUUGAUUCUGAGCUAAAUUGGUAGUAGUGAGUCAAGCAGACAUAAGUUGUCUUUGCCCAAGGCUGUGAUAUUAGUUCCUGUAUCGCUAAUUUUUCUCUUCGUGGAGGGCCAUGUGCAAGUUUGAAGUGGUCCUCUUCUAAGCAAGAGUUCAUAGAGGUGAUGUUUAUUUAUCCGUCGAACGUUGUAAAAUAAAGGCUGUAUUGUAAAUUUUUUGGUGAUGUAAUGUCUGAAUUUUAUGUUAUGAAAAUCAUUGCUUUUUAUUUUGA